AUGCCCGGGAUCAAGCACCUGCACGACGAGCUUGCGGAGAGCCCAGCGCGCGUCACCGCGGAGACUAGGUAUGGCCCGGUAGUGGGAGGGAGAGCUGCGAACGGGGCGGCGGUUUGGCUAGAGGUCCCAUUUGCACUCCCGCCAGGACGCUUUGAGGAUCCUAAACCCCUGCCGGUUUCAUACCGCUACGAAGGUAAAGAGUACAUACGCGAGGACUCAUACUGCGCGCAGCCCACGAAUGACGGACAGUCUGCAAGCACCCCUUUCGAGGAUAAAGUGGGCUUUGGCAAGCCCACUGAGAAUCCAUUAUUUGCGAAUAUCGUCGCACCUCCUUCGUUCCCAGACAAGCAGAAGAGACUUCCUGUAAAAGUUUACAUCCACGGAGGGUUCCUGCAAUUCGGCUCCCCACACCACCUCAACUCUCAGGCACAGUACAUCUCUGCCGCGCGCAACGAGGUCUGGGUAAAUAUUGGGUACCGGCUGUCCAUCUUUGGGUUUUUGGCGUCCGACAAACCAUCGAUAACCGGGAAUUAUGGUUUCAAGGAUCAAUGGCUUGGACUCGAAUGGAUUAAGGACAAUAUAGUUGAUUUUGGGGGCAACCCAAAUGAUAUUACGCUCUCUGGGCUGUCCGCUGGUGCACACUCUGUUCAUCAGCUCUUGCACCACGCAUCCCGGCUACCAGCGGGUCAAUUGGCGCCUUUCCACUCUGUCAUACUGCAGUCGAAUUCCAUCAUAGCGAAUCCAAAGACUCCCAAGGAGCUGCGUGCACAAUACGAAGCAGUAUGCAAGGCACUAUCACUGGACCUCGCCUCUCCAACGGCUUUUGAUGACCUGCGCGACCCAUGCAAAAUCCCAGCUGAUCGCCUCACCAAGAUCAUCGAAUCCGAGCAACUCGGCGUAUAUGGAACGUUCCGCGGCACCCUCGAGCCCGGGUGGUUCUUAUACCCUGAUGGCUCAACGAAGGUUGACGUGAUGGAGUGGCAGCGCUCCGGCGGUCUCGCUAAAGGUCUGCUAGAGCACGGAGUGAAGAGCGUUGUCGUAGGCGAGCUGACGGAAGAAUGGUACCUUUAUUCGAUCGCACAUCCUGUGGAGAAGGUGGGCGACAUCGAGUUCAACCUCGAUAGAUAUUAUGAGAAGAAGGACGUGGAAAAGAUGCUGAGUUGUUAUCGGCAUCUGCCCGACGACGCUAGCCACGACGAUAUCCAACGGCUGUUUGGAGAGAUUCUGAGCGAUGGACAAGUGUAUAUCCCCGUACGCCUGCUUGCUAGGGACCUGCUCCAGCACGGAUAUCCUGCUUUGCGGUACAUCAUCCAGUGGACCCCAGAACAGAUGAGACCGCUUGGAUACGUGACGCACGGGAGCGAUCGUGUUAUGUGGGCACUGCGCAUUCCAUCUCUAGAGUAUGAUCAGGCUGUCACUGCUGGCGCCUGGCUCGACAGAAUCGACAAGGAAAUCAAGGAAAUUGAAGGGAAGAGCGCAGGAGCCCUAGCGGAUGGGGACUUGAAGACUGUACUGGCAUUGAGAGAAGACAAGACGAUCGGGUGGAUAGAGGAUAAAAGGUGGGACGAAUUGAUGAAAAUUGCUAGCGUACUCGAAGGUGCUUGACCGUGUCGGCAGAACUAUUGGGACGUUGGGGGUCACCC